AUGCCUGGAGGCGGUCCAAAUGAAAGCAGAGGGGCGAAUGAUAGUUUUAUUUUGUCUGCUGCGGCCACAACCAUACGUGAAUUUAGACCAAACACCGAUAAUUGGCGAAAUUGGCGCGAGUUGCUGGACUCACAUUUUGUAGAAGCAGCAACGAAAACUUAUGCGGAUUUAUGCAAAUUGCUGGAGCGGCAUUAUUCUCCUCCGGUUAUCGUAUUUCGAGAGCGGCGCUCGUUUUUCGACGCCCGGAAAACUGAAGGGGAGUCGGUCUCUAAAUGGUUCGCACGCGUAAAAAGAUUGGCAAUGGAGUGCAAGUUUGGCAACCAGUUGGAGCAAUUUGUUCUUAACAAAUUUGUCACGGGAUGCGAUGGUAAAGUGUUUGAACGAUUGUGCGAAGAGGAAGAAGAUUUGACCCUGGAAAAAGCGUUGAAAAAGGCGAUGGCAACUGAGACAAAGUAUAAUACCCAGCAAACGCAACGAGAAAGUGAGGUUAAUAACGUAAGUCACCGAAAACGUGAAUAUAAAAAAGGUAGCGCUCAGGCAUCCAGCAGCAACAACAAUAGAAAUGUGACGAAAGAUGAGGACACCGGUGCGAAGAAAACGUCAGAAAAAAACAACAAGGCAAAAAAAAAGUGCAGUCAUUGCGGAUGGAAGACACAUGCUAAUGAAAAGUGCAAGUAUCGCAACAGCACCUGUCAUAAGUGUAGCAAGGUAGGCCACUUAGCAAGUGUGUGCACAAACGGAGGUAUCAAUUUCAUAGAGUUAUCAAAUAAUUCAAAUCAUUUUAAUUGUAAAGACAUGUCAAAUAGUUGUGAACUAAUGGAUUCUUCAGUUUGUAGUGUUAGUGAUAGGCACCAAGCGUCUUCAUCGCCAUUCGCAGUCACCGUGGAGGUGAAUAGAAUUCCUUUGGGCUUUAUUUUAGAUACCGGUGCCGCUUGUUCGUUAAUGCCGAAAGCAACUUUCGAUAAUUAUUUUAAUGUUAAAGCGCUACAGCCGUGUGCGGACAAGUUGUUCGCAUAUAAUGGGGGUCACAUCGACGUUGGUGGGGAAUUUUUAGCAAGUGUUAAAUUUAAGAGCCAAAAUCAUGAGGUGCGUUUUGAAGUUACACACGAGUGUGGUCCUCCGGUUUUAGGUCGCGAUUUUAUGGCGGUAUUCGGCAUAGGUCUGACACAAAUUAACAUGGUCUUUGAGUUUAGUGAACUAACUGCUAACAUAAAAAGGCAAUUUAGCGACGUUUUUCGUGGCGAUUUAGGAGCUUACAAUGUGGCAAAGGUUAAAUUACAGGUCAUGGAAGGUGUAGAGCCCGUUUUUUGUAAACCAAGGCCAGUUCCAAUAGCCUGGCGUAGUGAGGUCGAAAGACAACUUAAUGAUUUGGUAGAGAAAGGAGUUUUAGUUCCAAUGGAAAAUUCGGAUUGGGGUACACCAUUGGUGCCAGUUGUCAAAGCGAAUGGAGGGCUCCGCAUUUGCGGAGAUUAUAAGUCAACGAUUAAUAAACAUUUAGUUGAUGUAAAUUAUCCCCUUCCUAGGAUUGAAGAGUUGUUUGCGUCGUUACAAGGGCAGCUAUUCACAAAGUUAGAUUUGUCGAAUGCCUACAAUCAGCUUGUUUUGGAAGAAUCGUCGCAACAGUUGUGUGCCUGGAGUACGCAUAUGGGGAUUUUCAAAUUGACUCGAUUACCUUUUGGGGUUAAGCCGGCUGCAGCUAUUUUUCAGAGGACUAUUGAAAAUAUGUUGCGCGGUAUACCUAACGUUGUAAACUACUUAGACGACAUCGUUAUAACUGGCUCCAAUUUAAACGACCAUGUUAAAUCCAUAGAAUCGGUUUUGGUAAAGCUACAAACGGUAGGGUUAAGAUUGAACGUGGAUAAAUGCGAAUUUUUCAAAGAAAGUAUUUCGUAUCUAGGAUUCAACAUUGAUCGUAAUGGGCUAAGUAAAAACAAAGAUAGAAUCGCUGCUGUGCUAGAUGCCCCAGUCCCUCGAAAUGUAGCUGAGGUUAGAGCUUUUGUGGGUAUGUUGUACGAAUUGUUAAAAAAGAAUGUCGAAUUUGAGUGGUCUAAAUCGUGUCAGGGGGCGUACGAUCAAUUGAAAAAGGGCAUAACAUCGGAUCAAGUUCUAGCCCACUUCAAUCCAAAAAUUCCAAUCGUACUAUCGACUGAUGCUUCGAAUGUAGCCGUAUCUGGAGUACUAUGUCAUUCGUUGGCAAACGGGCUUCGGCCUGUUGCAUUGAACCUGAAUUUCAGGGAUAUAGCGAGGGCAACCAAGCAAGACCCGGUAUUGUCCAAACUCAUGGUAGCAAUACAAAAUGGAACCGUAGGAUCCUUGGAGGGCCAGGACUAUGUGCCAUAUAAGUGUAGAGAGAAUGAGCUGUCGGUGGACUACGAUUGCAUUUUGUGGGGGUACAGGGUAGUAAUUCCUAAUAAGUUGCGCGAAAGGGUUUUAAAAGUAUUGCAUCGCUCGCACUUCGGUAUUGUUAAAACCAAGGCUCUAGCGCGCUCGUACGUUUGGUGGCCAAAGCUGGAUCAGUGUAUAGAGG